GCGCUCUCGGUUUCCGGUGUCAUGGCGGCUUGAGGUCUCAGCAGUCGGCGAGGCGGCGGCAGGCCCCUCCCUGCGGAGCCGCUGGUCCGGCAGGCGGGGAUGUGACCGCGGGCCCUGCCGGCCUGCCCCGGGCGUCGCCUCAGCUCCCGUGCCAGCGCCCUCCGUCCGCACCGAUGGCGGGGUCCGGCUGCGCGUGGGGCGCGGAGCCGCCGCGGUUUCUGGAAGCCUUCGGGCGGCUGUGGCAGGUACAGAGCCGCCUGGGGAGCGGCUCCUCGGCCUCGGUGUAUCGGGUGCGCUGCUGCGGCACCCCCGGCUCGCCCCCCGGCGCCCUCAAGCAGUUCCUGCCGCCGGGAACCACCGGCGCUGCGGCCUCGGCCGCCGAGUACGGUUUCCGCAAAGAGAGGGCGGCGCUGGAGCAGCUGCAGGGUCACAGGAACAUCGUGACUUUGUACGGGGUCUUUACAAUCCACUUCUCUCCAAAUGUGCCCUCACGCUGUCUGCUGCUCGAACUCCUGGAUGUCAGCGUCUCGGAAUUGCUUCUGUAUUCCAGUCAUCAGGGCUGCUCUAUGUGGAUGAUACAGCACUGUGCCAGGGAUGUCCUGGAGGCCCUGGCUUUUCUCCAUCACGAGGGGUAUGUCCACGCAGACCUCAAACCACGCAACAUACUGUGGAGCGCAGAGAAUGAAUGUUUUAAACUCAUUGACUUUGGACUUAGCUUCAAAGAAGGCAAUCAGGACGUGAAGUAUAUUCAGACGGACGGGUACCGGGCCCCAGAAGCAGAGCUGCAGAACUGCUUGGCCCAGGCCGGCCUGCAGAGCGACACGGAGUGCACCUCAGCCGUGGACCUCUGGAGCCUCGGAAUCAUUUUACUGGAAAUGUUCUCAGGAAUGAAACUGAAACACACAGUCAGAUCUCAGGAAUGGAAGGCAAACAGUUCUGCUAUUAUUGAUCACAUAUUUGCCAGUAAAGCAGUGGUGAAUGCCGCAAUUCCAGCCUAUCACCUAAGAGACCUUAUCAAAAGCAUGCUCCAUGACGACCCGGGCAGAAGAAUCCCGGCUGAGAUGGCAUUGUGCAGUCCGUUCUUCAGCAUUCCUUUCGCCCCUCAUAUUGAAGAUCUGGUGAUGCUCCCCACUCCAGUGCUGAGACUCCUGAAUGUGCUGGACGAUGACUAUCUCGAGAACGAAGAGGAAUAUGAAGAUGUUGUAGAAGAUGUGAAAGAGGAGUGUCAAAAAUACGGACCAGUGGUAUCUCUCCUAGUUCCAAAGGAAAAUCCUGGCAGGGGACAAGUCUUCGUGGAGUAUGCAAACGCCGGUGAUUCCAAAGCUGCUCAGAAAUUACUGACCGGACGGAUGUUUGACGGGAAGUUUGUUGUGGCUACGUUCUACCCGCUGAGUGCCUACAAGAGGGGAUAUCUGUACCAAACUCUGCUUUAAUCAGUAACCUGAGGACUCUUUCCUGUUCCUCCUCCAUCUCCCAGAUCAUUGUAUUCUACAUCUGAACGUGGAAGUACCCCCUUACCAUUUUAAGGGAAUACUUUCUACGUUUAUUUAAUCCUGCUAGCGUGCAGCCAUUGCCCAAGCAGUGACUGCCGUGCACACAUUUGGCACUGAGUAGGGCGAGGCCUCUCAGCUGUACAUUGAGGGGCUUUAGAGCAUCCAUACGGGCAGACUUUUUCUGUGCAGUAGGCCAAGUGCUGCUCUUCAGUAUGUAACCUAAAAAGAUACUAAUUAUUUCACGUGAUCAUGAAGCCAGGGUGAAUGAUACCACGUCAUAGUGAAUAUUGACAGCUGUGUUAGAGUUGGCGACAUUGCUCAAAGAUGAUUCCUUUGUGUUGUCAGGUGGUUCUUCCUCAUCACCUAUACUCCCAGCCGGCACCGGGUGCUCCCAGUAACUGUUAAGUAAUUGUCCAGCAGCAAUUACCUACUGUGUUCUUAACACUGAGUUAUGAAUUUUUUUUAAAGGAGUACUGUAGUACUGAAUAUUCCUUUAAAGAAACUGCAGUGAGCCUAUCUACUUUUAUUUUUUUUCUUAAUUAAGGCUUUUAAAAUAGAAAGCUGAUGCUUGAUCUUGCACAAUUUUUAUGUCUAGUAUGUAUGCUUGAGCGCGUGUGCAGGUGUGAAAGAUGAGAUUUGAGUCGGCGUGCUUUCUAGCGUGAAUCUUGUGAGCUGAUACAGUCUGUACCUAUCUCUUUCCUAGCUGUUCCACGUCUGCAGGAUUAGGAUACGUGUGUUUUGAGAGUCGACCUGUGUUUAUCUGAUGGAACGCGAUUUCAUAGAAUGUAAAUGAGAAAUAGUUCAUUCCUGAGAGGCUCAAAAUAUAUGAGUCUAGACCGGAUUAAACUGAAACUCUCUUAACUUGUAACGAAGCAGAAGUUUUGCUACACGUAUAUUGCCCCAGCCUCCAGUCUCCUUUAGAACCUGUAUUAGCUCAGUCUUUUCUGUACUGAAUCUCCUGUGAUCAUUGGAAGGUUUCUUGAGAUCGAGUUCAGUUUACUCUGAUGGAAAUUGAAGUGGGUCAGAAAGAAAGAAUUCGACGUUCAGUGAAGGGAAAGGAAGAAAAACAACUAGGCGAAGGGAGAGUGGGUAAUCCAGAACUCCUGUUUUCCUUCCUCUCUUUCUCUGUCACCGCCCUCCCUCUACUGCUUUUCCUGUUCACUCAUUCUCUGCCCGGCGUAGCCGAAGGAAAGCACGAGGGGCAGCCUCCCAGACGUUCUGGCUCUUGACUGUGGGGACGUUAGGAAAGGCAUGGCUCUAAUAACAUGGAGGGAGGAAGGAAGAAAAUAAAAGAAUUCAUAAAAGGGUUUACAGCAAUCCGAUGUGUCCCUGAGCCCAGGAUGCUAGUGCGCACGCGUUCAUGGCCGUGGGUUGAUUACGUGGUUUUAGGAGUUGUAAUCAUGGAGUCCUCCCACGUCAUGGUUGAUUGACUUAAAGGUUUGAAACUUAGGGAAUCUUUAUAAAGCACUGAUUGUACAAAAAAAAGUUAUAUACAGGUUAUGAAUUUGUUUCUUGUUUCCUUAACUAAAUAAAUUUAAAAUUUUUUUCCUAAGGAAAAAGCCUUUAAUACCUUUCCCUUCUUGGAAGCCGCCUCGUACAGUCCUUGUGUGUUAUUGAGAGCCCAGCCAAGAACUUGCAUUUUAGAGGAUGGGUGGUUUUACCCUGUUCAGACACUUGCUAUUUGGCAUUUGAGUUAUUUACAAUUUUCAUAUUAUCUGGGACUCUCCCUUAAUGUUUAUUAUGAAGCCAAAUUUGGUAUAAGGAGGCGGAGUUAUGAAUUGCCCCAGUGCCUCAUGGCAUGAUCCCCAAGGGAAGAUUAAAUUAGAAGGGUCUUGUAUGUGCCCUUAGAAGCAAGAUCUGUUAUUUUUCAUUUGGGCCAUCUCAGAAAAUGAUUAGCUGGGUUGUUUUCAAAUAAAAAUUCAAGAGUAUAACCAGUACUCUGGAAACCUAAACUUUCCUAGAGGGUAAAUGCUUACGUGGAUAGUGGCUUCCAUGGUGGUGAAAAGCGCCGGGUCCUCCUGUACAUACUGGUGAACACGGGAUACAGAGGAAUUCUUUUCUUAAAGGGCAGGCAUCCCAGGUUGGCUGCGUACCUUUCUCAUCCACCCUUCACCCUCACAAAGAAGAAACCCUUACGAAUAAACUGCAGGUAGGCUCCUAAGCUUUGUGAUGCCGUAUGCUGCUAGCAGCUCAGUGCUGAAUUCCACGGCAUUCUUUGUCUUCUUCUUGCUGACAUAUUCCUACCUAUGUGUAGUAUUUAACACUGUAGAAUUCUAUUACAGAAGGUCCUACCUAGAUCUUAAGGGGGCUGAGGACUAACUGAUGAGCCUAAGUACCUUGCAUUGAAUUAAAUAUUUUAUAUUAAAGCCACGAAGUUGAAAAAAGAUGCCUCCUGUGAUUUAAAUUGUGAUUUUAUAGCUUUUAGCCCAUUACUACCAAAGAUGACGUUUGCAGAUUCUCCAUCCCUCCUCUGAUACUAUAAGAAGUUUAAUCUUACUGUCUUUCUCAAACCUGAACCAAAUAUAAUCAAAAGAUGCAAUUUUUAUGAUACUUUUAGGAUGAAAUAUAUAUACAGAGAUUUUGAUUCCUUGAAGUCAUUGAAAACCUAGGAAUUUUUCUUUUGAGAGGUAGGGUAAAGAGGUGAGGCUUUUUGUCACUUAAACCUUACUCUUUGGGACAAAUUUUAUCUCAGGUAGUUUUUCUUCCCCUAAGUUAAUAUCUGUGCUUCCUUACCUGUUGCCUUCCCAUUUUCUCAUUAUUCUAUGGUAUUGUCAUGAUGCAUUUUUGGCCCAGAAAAGACCUAUUAACUUAUUAUUCUGUAGGAAACCUUUGGUUCUUUAGAAACAUUUGCGGGAGGUGGCCAGGUAGCCACUUGCAGAACUUGAAUGCUGCUUUUCUAGGAGAUCAGGUGGAGUUGGACACCUCAGUAAAAGAUAAUUGGCUGCAUUUUAAAGGAUGAUAAAACAGCCCCCCUCUUGAGAUAAGAGAUUGCACUUACUACCGCUGGAUGUCUUCCCUUUUUUGUGGCUGGCUGUAUAGCAAGUCUGUAGAGAAGUUCCCUCUCUGGUAUGCCUUGAGCCCAAACUGGCUACUUUUAGAACAAAAACCAUAAAUACAGUCUUACUCAUCCUUUCCCUUGUUUUCAUUGAGACAAGUAUUGCCUUCCGUUUGGUACUCCAGCUGCUCAGGCGUGCUAAGGUAUGUUACAUUAACCUUUAAAGAAAAAAAAAUCCUUGAAUUCUUAUUUUACUUGCCUUCUAGAUUCACGUUCCGUCUCCUGAUAUCUUAACUUCUGAGCGGGUCUGGGGUAAGGAGAGCUCGCUGCCAGAAGCCGCACUGCCAGGUGGAGGGAGUCAGAGAGAAACUCGGGGCAUGAGGCUUGUUUCUGCUCUGUUGCGCUGGGCUUCCAGCCCUCUCAGGGCGCCAGUUACCCUUCUGGAUUAACCGUAGUGGGCCUGGCACCUUUGGGUGUAUCCAUCAGACGCAGGGACCUCCUGCUUGGUCCUCAUUUUUCUUCUUCGGUCUUGUGCUCUGAGUUUACUAGGCCUGUCUUACACCGCUUCUACCAUCCGUCUCACUCAGCAGAGUGACAUUUCAGUUGUCAUCUAUUAGGAAAAUCAGCACCAGAGUCACUCAUGGUAAUUACAGUAACAUAGUCACCGGGUGAGGGCCUGGGAGAGACACUGGGUGACUCUGCGUUUCACUAGAGUUUUCUGCAAGGGUGCAUGCUAGGUGGCUUCAUUCAGGUUAGGGUACAGAUGGAAUCGUAUCGUGACUAAAUUUCAGUCUGGUGGAUGUGUAGACAGUCAAAGAUUUAAGCAAGUGCCUUGUGUUUCCUGGAAAAUGUUAAAACUCAUUUGGGUGACAGCUCCCAGAUGAUGGUAAUUUCUCGCAUCUCUGCCUUUUCCGUGCAAGAGCUUUCGGAUGGAGUCACAUAGUACAAAAGUCCAGAGUUUCCUUGGUUUACCUUUUUACGUAUGUGUGAAACUAUUCGUUAUUUGAUUCCCCCCACCCCCCAAUAUCCCAUAUGAUGGAAAGCCAGAGUUAUCUGUCAGAAUCUAAUUCUUCCUGGGACCUAGUUCCAUUUUUAAUACUAGGUUCCUUCUUCAAAUCUUAACUACUCUGACUCUCUGAUAUAAUUUAUUUAUUUCUUGGCAAGUGUGGUCACAUGCACACCAGCUUUUGGUCAUGAUUAGCUCAAAAGAAUUUCCAUUUCUUCUUGAGGUGCUCCACGCAUCACCUUUACUUGAGAUGGCGAUCUUUCCAAGGUAGUGUUACUCGUAAGCUUUCUUCAUGGAAAAGAAGAUGUCGAGUCUCCAUAAUGUGGAACUCCUCUGAAUCGCUUGGGGUGUAUUUGGAUAAGUUACUUUUUCUUAGUUACAGGGGAAAGGGUGUAGUUCUGUUAUCAGAGUACCCGGAAAUUUAGAGAAUUUGUUUUGUUUAAGAUUAGCUGCUUCCCCACCUGAGCCCGCAGGACGCCGUGAUUUGUUCUCUUAGCCACCUCUCCCACCUCAAUGUUUUUCACCGUUGUUUGCACUUGUAGGGUGGUCAGCUGAUUGACACAGUGGCAUGUAAUCAACAGGUACUAUGGCUAUUUAAGGAGGUAAACAGUUUUAACUAUUUUUGCUGCAAUUUUUUAGGAGAAAUGGGCUACAAAAGAAAUAUCUAUAAAGUCUAUAAACCAGAGAGCAUUUAGGAAAUUGUAUAUUUUAUAGGUGGUAAUCAAGGUGAUCUUCAGGAUAUAAGAUAGAGUUUAUACAACUUUUGUUUUCCUGAUGUAAAGUUUUUAUUCAUCUUGCUACAUACAGCUCAGCACUUUUGUUGUUCCUUAUAUUGCUUAUGAGGAUUAAUGUUUUAAAUUUGCCCUAUUUGUGCUUUUCAGAGAGUUGUCGUAAUCAUGCAGUUGUGUUUAUAUCCCCAUAUGUGCUGGGAUUCGUGGGAGAAACGGAUCAGAUGACUGCCCGAGUGUUGUUUCCCAUUCGCCAUGGUACCCUGAAGGAAACUGGUGUGUGUUUUAUGUCCUGGGUUCACAGUACUUUCAUUUAGAGGCAAGAGAGGCAUUCUGUCAUACUUGCCUACCCAGUCGCUCAUCUUUGUCGUGCAGAGAAGAGCUUAUUCUGUUAGACUCAUGACUGCCAGCAUGAGGAUUCUGUCUGGUCACUUCCCCGCACCGUGUGCGGUUCCCGCCCUCCUGGGCUCCCCUCCUGACUCGUGAAGUCAGGAGUGUGUUAAAAGCAGACGUGGUGAGGUGUCCUAAGUCACACGUACAGACACAGAAUCUCUUCAGCUAUUGGAAUUCUGUAUUGCCGUGUUAUUUGUUAGCGUGAAAUCUGCCGAAUGUAAGAGCAAAGAAGGGAAAGAAAAGAAGGAAAAUAGGUGAGGGGAGGAAAAUGGCUUCCUUACUGGUGUUAGGAAUCUCCCACGUAGCUCGUGAUCUGGAAGUGACCAUUUCUUUGAAAAAUCCAGCUGUGGCGCCCGUAGUGUAGAAUGGAACCUUGCCUUUCCCACACGUUCCUCACCAUUGGCUCCCCAGAAAAUUGUUUUUAGAGGUCAUAAAACCAGAUUAAAGAUCCAUAUUCUGUUUGGCUUAAUUUUUAAAAACAGAUAUUUAAACUCCAGUUUUUGUGCAUCUGGUAUAGAUCAAGGAUGUAGGAAAGGAUCAGAAAGAACCUGGGGAUUAGCCCUCUCCACAUUUCCCUUUGCACAUUGGGUACAGUGGCUGUUAGUAUGCACCGACUGCAACGUUCUAGCACCUUAUGGAAGUAAGUAGUGAUUAUUUAUUAUAAUUAAAAAAAAAAGUUAAGCUGCAUCUCUGUAGAAUAUUUACUUUGCAGAAUGGGAAGCUGUUGUGUCUUUUCCAGCGGGAUUUACUCUUUCACUCUUAAGUCUUUAUUGAGAAAACCUUAAAUGGUUGAACAUUCCUUUACAUCUUCUUACCAGUGUCAAAUGUGGGGCAGAAGGGAUAUAUUUUUCCCCCAAAGGGCUCCAUCUUUGUUACCUUCUGAUCACUCUUAGAAAUCCAGUCAUGAUCAAUAGAUUUUAACAGUUGAUGGCUUCCUGGAUCAGCACUAGAGUGGUUGGUUUUGAAGAUUAAAAUCUACUACUCCUUUCCGUCAGAAAUCUGCACUUGCUGUGUUUUUGGUAAGAAGGUGUGGUUGGACAGAACGGGAAAGAUCACUCAAACCAAAGCCAGUUAUGAGGAGGAUUCUCUCCCGUUGGGUCACCUCCACCUCAGAACUACCAGGACCUUACAGUACGCGGGUGUAGACAGCCUGUGACACUUCUACCAGGUUUUCAGUAGCAUCUUGGUCUUGGCAUUUCCUGGCACUUUGGUUCUCUGUCCUUGGUGACGUCUUAUUGUUUGUGAGUUUUUCUUGGUUGUUUUGUUUUGUUUUGUUUUUAAAUAACUACCGGGACUAUAAAUGUAGAUGUGUAUCAGUACUGAGAAGUCCUUUUCUGAAAUCCCUGAAUUCCUGAUUCCUACUCAAGUCUUUUAAACUUGUUUUUUUUUCUUGCUAAGUAGCAAAGAACUUUUCUUUUUCACUUUCCUGUGUACCUAAAGAGUAUGGACGCUGCGUUUCAACGGACCGUAUUGCGUAUAGUUUUUUGCUGAAAACUUUUUCUGUAAACACAACUGCCUUGUUCAGUUUUGUUGUGAACCGACUCGCCGUAAGCUGCACUGUUGGUGUGCUUUCCGGUGUGCGUUUGAUAAGGCUGAUAAAAUAAAGCUGAAAAGUCAA